AUGAGUAAAGAACGAACAGAUACUAACAAAACUUGUACUGGAUCAGCAGUUUAUAGAACAGGCGAUAAUGAAUUUAAUGAAUACAAAUUUAAAGCUUUUUUUUCUGAUGAUUCAGCACUUAUUCAAGAUAUUCAAAAGACUAAUAUAUCUUUAAUUAUUGGUUGUUUCGCUUUUGAAAGCAAUGAACUCUAUGUAAUCAUUGCUCAGAAUACCCUUUUAAAUAUUUCAACAAUUGAAGAUAAACCAAGCAUUUAUGACCUUCCGAUAUCUUCUGCUUUUGGUAUUUUUACUGCACCGAUCCAAGACCUAUCAGAACCAGAAAGAAAUAAUGCAGUUUUUAGCUUAAAAAGAGAAAUGUAUAAAAAUAUAACCUCGAAUCAAUUUCUAAUAUCUAUAUUAUUUGCUGGUGAAUUAGUAACAUUACCUGAUUCUAAAAAAAGAGAAAAUACCUCUCUGAUUCAAAAUUCUGCUGAUACUUCGAAAAUCAGUAGCUUAAAAAAUGCACUCAACAAUAUUCAAGGAGAUAUAGACUAUAAUAUUGAUACUAUUAUAGUUUCGAAUGAUACUGCUAAAGAAAUUACUCCUCAAGUACAAAUUGUAGGUGCAAAUAUAAAAGGCUCAAACUCUAAUAAAUUAAAAUGUACAAAAAACAUACAAGAAACUAAUCCAAAUCCAAAGCGUACUCUCAGAAGUGCAAAAAAAACAAAAACCUCAAUUCUUGGCAAUAAAACUGAAGAAACUCUUUCCCAAUUUCAAAACACUGAAAUAAAUAUGAAACCUACUAAAGCCACAAAAUCAAACCAUACUUCAAAGAAUAUCCAAAGAACUCUAAAUGUUACUCCCAAAAAUGAUGAACAAACUAUAAAUGUUACUUCCAAAAAUGAUGAACAAACAGAUAUUAUCGAUAUUGAUAAUGAUCAACUUACUGAUACUGCUGAUAGCAUAUUUGAACUAUCUGAUGCAUAUUAG